AUGGAAACAUCAUACAACAUUACAGAAUUUUUCAUGCUUGGACUCUCACAGAAGCCAGAGGUACAAAGAGUUUUCUUUGUGGUCUUUCUGGUUAUCUAUGUGAUCACAGUUUGUGGCAACAUGCUCAUUGUGGUCACCAUUACCUUCAGUGCCAUCCUGGCUUCCCCUAUGUAUUUUUUUCUGGCCAACCUCUCCGUUAUUGACACAUUUUAUUCUUCUUCUUUGGCACCUAAGCUCAUCGCUGAUUCCUUGUAUGAGGGGACAACCAUUUCUUACAACAGCUGCAUGGCUCAGCUCUUUGGAGCCCAUUUUUUGGGUGGUGUUGAGAUCAUUCUGCUCACGGUGAUGGCCUAUGACCGCUACAUGGCCAUCUGUAAGCCCCUGCACUACACCACCACCAUGACCAGACAUCUGUGUGCCAUGCUGGUGGGCGUGGCUUGGCUGGGGGGCUUCCUGCAUUCAUUGAUCCAACUCCUCCUGGUCCUUCAGCUGCCCUUCUGUGGGCCCAAUGUGAUUGAUCACUUCGUGUGUGACUUGUACCCUUUGCUGGAGCUCGCCUGUACGGACACCUAUAUCAUUGGUCUUCUGGUGGUUGCUAACAGCGGUGUGAUCUGCCUGCUGAACUUCCUCAUGCUGGCGGCAUCGUACAUCGUCAUCCUGAGGUCUUUGAGGUCCCACAGUGCUGAGGGAAGGCGCAAGGCCCUGUCGACCUGCGGGGCCCACUUCACUGUGGUCGCCUUGUUCUUUGUGCCCUGUGUGUUUAGUUAUAUGCGUCCAUCCAUUACUUUAUCUAUAGACAAAUGCAUGGCGGUGUUUUAUGGUAUCCUGACACCUAUGCUGAAUCCCCUCAUUUAUACUCUGAGAAAUGAAGAGGUGAAAAAUGCCAUGAGAAAGAUUUUUCAUGCAGUAGGAAAUUGCAGCUGGAUACUGAAUGGUAAAGCAGGAACGCAAAGCAACUCUUCCUGUAGAUGA